AUGGCUACAGUUGGUCCUGAUGCUAAAUCAGCUCGUGAGGAGUAUCUCAAAAAAUAUCUCUCUUCUGAUGCAGAUAAGACAAAGAAGAAAAGCAAAAAGAAGAAACAGCAAUCCAGUAAUGCACGAGGGAUGAAAAUUAUUGAGGAUGAUGCGUUCAUCGCAGUUGCACCCGAAUCAUCGAAUAUUCCGUCAGAUGAAGAUGAUCGAGAAGAUUUGAGGCGCGAAAUUGAAGUCGAAGCUAAAUUAGCUGAAAUGAAGCCGAAAUUCAAGAAAGGAACAUUUCAAAGUAUUGAUGAUUCGGAAGUCCCAUCACUGCCAGGCACUUCGAAAUAUUACACUCAGUCAACCCGUCAUGGUUUGUGUUUUGUUUCAACCUCUGAACUUUUCAUGAGUGUUUUACACAUCAGAAUUUCGUAUGAAUUAAUUCUUAUUAUUAUAUUCAUGCGUUUCCAUUCUGGAUUAUCUAGUUUUCCGAAUGAUACGUUUUCGCGGUAUUUCAGUUCAUCAUUUUCAGAUCACUCGAACAUUAUUUAUCUCGAAUUGAUUUCUGUUGCAGAUUCUGAUGACAGUCCAUCGCCAGGCCGCUGUAACGGUCACCAGGAUGAUGAUUUAUCACCAGAAAAAGGACGGUCGAAACGUGUAGAUGAGAACAAAGUUAAGCCUAAGAGGAACGUCCGUUCGGAUGAGGAUCUAUCACCGAAGAGAGCGAGAGCUCAUGUUGAUUCUAAUGACGGCCUUCCGGUUAAGAGACGUGGCGGUCAUAUGGAUUCGAAUAAAGACUUAUCGCCCAGAAGGAAAAAAAGCUCAAAGGGUCGUGAUGAUUCUGAUGAUGAUUUCUCUCCGAAGAGGGUGAGAAGAGCUCUUGCCAAUUCAGCUGAUGACCAUUCGCCUCGAACGUUGAGGAAACGUAUGGACUCAGACAGUGAUCUGUCACCAAGAAGAAUUCGCAAAAAUGGCGUCGAUUCCGAUGGUGAUUUAUCGCCUCCAAGAUCCAGAGGCCUAAACGGUAAGAUGUCACCAAGACGACGAUCGCACUAUCGUGGUGAUUCGAGAUAUGACACUGAAGCAGUGAAGAGGUCAAGGAAUUCGGAUGCAGAUCAAUCACCGAGAAGAGAAUCAAGAAGACGUCACGACUCGGGUAGUGACAUUUCACCAACGAGAGUGCGAUCAAAACAGAGAUUCGACUCAGGUGAUCAUUUUUCAGCGAGGGAUAUGCGAAACGACGGUCGGUCGGUCGUCUUGAAACGAACAUAUGAUUCAAGACGCAAUCGUCGAGACUCUGAUGACUCAGAUGCAUCACCUCAACGAAGGCGUCAUCGUGAAGGCGAUGCUCAAACGAGAUCAGGUCGAGAUGUGCAAUUGAAUGGAAGUCAAAAGCUGACUGAAAACAAUGACUCAGAUACUGAUUCAUCACCUCGAAGAAGACAAAGACAAGAUCCGAGUGGGGAUUCGCGACGAAAACAUGACCGAUCAGAUGCUGGCGAUUCAGAUUCAGGCGAGCGUCGUGAUGGAUUGACUAAAACGUUAGAUGGUAAAAAAGCUGGACUACAGACGGCCGAUGCACUUCGCGAUGAAAUGAAACAGCUUAAAGAGCGCGAAAAUAAGGUGUUCGAAAAUUUGGACAAAGACAUAAGUGGCCGUGAUGCUGAAGUGGUUCGUCGUUCGAAAAUGACCGGUAAAGGACGUGAAACACGUGAGGAUAGGGAAAAGAAGGAGAGGGAAGCUAAAAAGCAGGAGGAACUCAAUCAAAAAUAUAAGCAGUGGAAUAAGGGUGUGGCUCAAAUCAAAAAUCGUGCUGAAAAGCUUGAAGAAAUGGCGCGUGUCGUCGAUGAAGGUUUCACACGUCAUGCGGACAACGAAGCAAUGAAUGUGCACAUGAAACAGAUAUUGCACGCUGAAGACCCAAUGUUGGAGUAUGUACAAAAGAAGAAAUUAAAAAAGGAAAUCAAAACUGGUUUAGUUUAUCCAACCUAUAAAGGUGGAUGGCCACCGAAUCGUUUCUCGAUCCCACCUGGUUAUCGAUGGGAUGGAGUGGAUCGUUCGAAUGGUUUCGAAGCACAAAUUGCAAAAGUAUCGAAUCGAAAAGUGGCUAAUGAACGCGAAUAUUAUGAGAAUAUUUCAAAAUAUGAAUGA